CCAAACACAUACAGAAGCUGCAGUCAGGCUGAAAAGGGGCAUUACCGUGUCCAGAUCGAGAGAUUUGAGAGUGUUUUAUACAGCGGCCUUCUUGUUUCUGCGAUGCAGAAGGAACUGUUCUAAUUAGGGAUAUGUGUUAAUAAAGUAACGGAUACAAAUAUUGAGAUUUGCAUAGGAUUUUUGACUAGGCCGUGCUUAUUAUGAGAUACCUGUAUGUACUUACUAGGCCUAGGCUAUCUAGUACUUAAACUGGCCUUCACUAGCUGUAGUCUUCCAAUCCAAGACAGACCGAGAAAUACAAAACAUGGAUCAACAAAAUGUGGUCGACAGACCGAGAAACAGUGGUGUUGUUACUUCCUCAUUGUUGCCAAAAGCUAGGCGAAAGAAAACUUAUUGGAAGAAUCUGUUAGUGCUGAGCAGUGCUUUCUUCUUUGUCUUUACUGCAUAUAUGUCUAUACAGAACCUUCAGAGCAGCUUGAACACUGACAAGGAUCUUGGGGUGAUAUCAUUAACCAUCGUUUAUGGAUCAGUCGUGUUUUCUUGUGUAUUUAUUGCACCCAUUAUUAUUCGAAAACUUGGCACCAAGUGGACAAUUGCUGGCAGCAUAGUAUUUUAUACAGUUUACACAGCAUGUAAUUACCAUCCAAGUUAUGGUACCUUGAUCCCAUCCUCACUCUUAAUUGGACUUGCUGCUGCCCCUCUGUGGACAGCGCAGGGAACAUACUUAACCACUUCAGCAAUCAGUCUGGCUGAUCUCACCAACGAAGUUCCGGAACCAUUGUUAAAUCGAUUCAAUGGCAUUUUCUUCAUCAUCUUCCAGUCAAAUCAAGUUGUAGGAAACUUGAUUUCUUCCUUGGUCCUUCAACAGACAAAUGAAACAAAGCCAAAUAACACAGACAACUGUGGACGAUGCAGCUGUGUCUGGAACACUAAUGAUUCUGACAGUAGUGACCACGGACAACCAGACAAAGAUCUGGUUAACACCCUUCUGACUGUGUAUUUGGUGUUAGGAGUCAUUGGUCUGGUGUUGGUCAUAUUUUUCCUUGAUACUCUGCCUACAUUCCAGUCUUCUCGCGUUGAUGGAGCACAUUUUGUUAAGAAGUGGAUGGAAACAGUGGGUAUGUGGCGGAAUCCAAUACUCCUACUUAUGGUACCUUUGAUGAUUUAUAGUGGUGUGGAGCAGGCAUUUGUGGCUGGAGACUAUACUAAGGCAUAUGUUACCUGUGGACUAGGUGUUGGAUAUGUGGGUUAUGUGAUGAUAUGCUAUGGUGUUGCCGAUGCUGUGUCUUCGUACCUCCUAGGCCGCCUUGAAAAGCACACUGGUAGGCUAGUUCUCUUCACCUUGGGUGGCCUUGCUCAGAUGGGACUUAUCUUUGCUAUGUUUUUCUGGAUUCCGAAAGUAGAUGAUGCACUGUGGAAGUUCAUGGUGAUUGCAGCUGGAUGGGGGUUUGGGGAUGCGGUUUGGCAGACUCAAAUUUGCUCUAUUGUUGGUGUACUUUUCCCUGAUUGCCAAGAAGCUGCUUUUGCUAAUUUCCGUAUGUGGCAGGCUGUUGGAUUUAGUAUAGCCUUUGCUUCCAGCAUCCCUAACUCAGUUUGUGUUUAUCAUAAGUUGUACGGAAUUGGUGGAUGGCUUGUCUUGUCAAUGAUCGCAUAUUAUCUAGUAGAAAUCAUUGUCCGUAAUGAAAAAUCAGGUUAUAUGAAAGUAGCAAAAACUGACACUGAGUCAAAAGAGGCUGGAUAGACAGGUAGAAAUUUUAGGCAGAUGUGUCAUUCCUAUAGAGCAGCUGAUAUUAAUAUUAACCCAGUAAUAUUCGUAAUGAUUAAAGAGUAGAGCAUCUUGCCUAUGGUGAUACCUUUAUUAGAAGCAUAGGUCUAGACACAAAAUUUUGAAACUAAUGUGUAUUUAAUAUGCAAUACAAAUACUAUACUAUGAAAAUUCUAAGAAUGGAGUGAUUUUCAUGCUGAAAACAGAGAAGCUUGUAUACUAAUACUAUAUGUAUAGAUGUAUAAAAAUAAUGUUUUAUAUACCGCAUACAUAGAUUCUAGGCAUCUGAUUGGUUAAGAAGCAGGCAAUAAAAGUACUAUUAGCCUAUGAGAUAGUUCUUUUUUGCACUGCCACGCGAUGUGCAAUCUCUAGGCUGUGUUGCUAUGUAAUUUAUGACAUGCAUGAACGGUAAAUGUGACACGACCUCUCGACGCCGAGAGAGAUUUUCUCUUUGAUCGCCUAGGCCUAGCCUACUUGGUGUGUACAUUUUCAUUACUUUUAGGUCUCGUAGAAUCUAUAUAUGAGGUAUAUCAAACAAAUAUUCACUGCUCUAGAUUUGGGGAAUGGUGAAAUCUAGAGCCCCUUGGUGAUAGGCUACGGUCUCCACAUCAUCUCGGGGCAAUAGAUUUCACCAUUCCCCGCAUGAGCAGUCAAUAUUUGUAAAUUAUAUAUUUUGAGAAAUUAUUCUUAUUUGGUGGCCUUGUUGAACUAUGUUUUGUGUAUAUAUGUACAUAUGAAAAUGAUUUGUUUUAUAUAACUUGCACAAUUACUCUUGUGUAAUGGUAUUAGUGACAUUAUAUUUUGUGUGUUUAAUAUAUAUAAAAAAUAUAGUGUGUAUAUGCGUGGGUAUGUAGCAGAAAUAUGUACCAAAGAGUUAUUUUUAUUUAAAAAAAAAAAAAUGAAUCAUUAGGGCGUGACUUAACAAAGUAAAGUAAUAUAAAAGAAUAAUAUGCAAGUAGAAAAAAUUGAUAUAUUUUGAGCAAUCAUUGAUGUGUAACCGUCUUUUAAUUUAAAUUUUGAGUUUACAAUCAUGCUAGUAAAUAUAUUGAUGUGAACAGUA